AUGGCCUCCCGCAGCUUCUCCAAGGCGCUUCGUUCGCCAAUGGCCCGCCAAUUGGCGGCCAAGCCUGCCACCCAGCAGCGCACCUUCGUUGCUGCCCGCCAGCUCGUCCGCGCCUCUGCCCAGGUCAACAAGGCCUUCGUCGCUCCUGCCCAGCAGCAGGCUCGCGGCGUCAAGACCAUGGACUUCGCCGGCCACAAGGAGGACGUCUACGAGCGUGCCGACUGGCCCCAGGAGAAGCUUCUUGAGUACUUCAAGGACGACACCCUCGCCCUCAUCGGCUACGGCUCCCAGGGUCACGGUCAGGGUCUUAACCUCCGUGACAACGGCCUCAACGUCAUCGUUGGUGUCCGCAAGAACGGUCAGUCCUGGAAGGACGCCCAGCAGGACGGCUGGGUUCCCGGCAAGAACCUCUUCGAUGUCGAUGAGGCCAUCUCCCGCGGUACCAUCGUCAUGAACCUUCUCUCCGACGCCGCCCAGUCCGAGACCUGGCCCGCCAUCAAGCCCCAGCUCGUCAAGGGCAAGACCCUCUACUUCUCCCACGGCUUCUCCCCCGUCUUCAAGGACGUCACCCACGUCGACGUCCCCAAGGACAUCGACGUCAUCCUCGUCGCCCCCAAGGGCUCUGGCCGCACCGUCCGCUCCCUCUUCCGUGAGGGCCGUGGUAUCAACUCCUCCUUCGCCGUCUUCCAGGACGUCACUGGCAAGGCCAAGGAGAAGGCCCAGGCUCUCGGUGUCGCCAUCGGCUCCGGCUACCUGUACGAGACCACCUUCGAGAAGGAGGUCUACUCCGACCUUUACGGCGAGCGUGGCUGCCUCAUGGGAGGUAUCCACGGCAUGUUCCUCGCUCAGUACGAGGUUCUCCGUGAGCGCGGCCACUCCCCCUCCGAGGCCUUCAACGAGACCGUCGAGGAGGCCACUCAGUCCCUGUACCCCCUGAUCGGUGCCAACGGCAUGGACUGGAUGUACGAGGCCUGCUCCACCACCGCCCGCCGCGGUGCCAUCGACUGGUCCCCCAAGUUCAAGGACGCCCUUAAGCCCGUCUUCAACAGCCUGUACGACGCCGUCAAGGAUGGCUCCGAGACCAAGCGCUCCCUGGAGUACAACUCGCAGAAGGACUACCGCCAGAAGUUCGAGGCUGAGAUGGAGGAGAUCCGCAACCUUGAGAUCUGGAGAGCCGGCAGAGCCGUCCGCUCUCUGCGUCCCGAGAACCAGAAGUAA